AUAUAUCAAAAAAAAAUUCAACAAACAAAAAGUUUUCCUUUUACCCAAAUAUUUAAUGCUCGUUAUUAAUUAUACCACUAAAAUUCAUUAUGUAUUACACCCUGUGGUAUAUCAGUCCCAAAUUGACAAACAGCUGCUUAUAUCUAAAUAAUUAAUAAAAGAAAAAUAAUAGCAGCUGAUAAGAAUUUAAUUUUGUUUACAAUGAUUUUUAUUUGAAAGUGCCAACAUUUGUUCGCAGUCCCAUAAAUCAAUAUUAAAAUUUAAUUUUGAGAUUAUGCUCUUUACACCAGUUAUAAAACGAAAAAAAGGUGCGGGUAGAAAUGCUUUAGUACCACCUUUCCCGGACAAGCAUGCUAUCGUAAAAGGUGUUUUCACAGGCUUAUCCGUUGAGGUGUACGACACCGAGAGUAUUAAGGCAAUAUAUGAAAAUGGAUUUUAUGGAAAAGGUAGUAAAUCUAGAGGUGCACCACAAGUUGUUACAAGAAAUGUAACCGACGUUGCAGAAUGCCUAACAUUAGAAUUGGAGGAGGCGGCAUUUCUAGCAUACAUUUUUGGUGCAUUAAGUAUACAAAAUAUUGAAAAUAAUGAAGUCAAGUGGGCAGAAUUUUUGAAUGCAGCGCAAACAAUAAACUCACAAUUCAUAGAAAGCUUUGCCUGCUAUAUGUACCUAAAAUCUAAAGGAUGGAUUAUAAAAAGUGGUAUAAAAUUUGGUGGAAAUUUUUUAAUUUAUAAAAAGGGACCGAGAUUCCAUCAUGCCAGUUUCAUUGUAUUCGUCCUGCAGAAAACAACCGAUCAAUAUAUUUCAACGAAGGAUAUAAAAGGACUACAACGCAUUGCAGAAACUUCAGAUAAAGAUGUUUUGAUAUUGGAAGUAUCAAAACCAAAAACUUUAACAUUUAAUGCUAUUUCAGAAAUUAGUACACUUAAAAUAUCAGAAAUAAUAGUGCGACGAUUUAACAGUACAACUUUUGUACAAACGCAAGAAUUAGCUAAAUAGCGUAGCUUAUACAAAAUUA